AUGACAGAUGCACUGGCAGCAGUCACGAAUGAGUCACAAGGUACAUGUCCACAAGAUCUUGGAACAGAUUUAGCUCAUUCUAAUUUGCAACAGAGUAACAAGCCAAAAUCAUUCAAUCUAGUCCCAAUGGUGCGCAGCCCUAAGAAACGCCAGUCACAUCCAAAACCUGCCCCAUACAAGCGGAAACCAAAGACACCUCACCAGAAAGAUGGUCCUGCAACAUCUACAAAGCAUUCCGAUACUAGCGAACGCAAGAAUCUUACCUUGAAUGACUGGCUGAUGGUGUUUGCAUACAUCAAUGAACAUCCAGACUUACCCCAAGAUCGUAUUGUUCAGCAUUUCAAGACACGAAAAGAGGGGGUGCUUGAAUUCACCCAGGCAACCCUAUCACGAAAAUUAAAGGACCGCACGCACCUUGAGCAAUGUAUUGAAUCAUACCCCAGCGCUCUCUCGAGUAAACGGCCGCUUGUCGUUACCCGCCCUGAUGUUGAAGAAGCACUUAAGGGUGAGAGUUACACUGGAGCAAUGCUCUGGGAGAAGCGGCGGAAGCUCGAAGAGAAGUUUGGCGUUCCAGAAACAGAACGGCUAAUUGGUGAUGGCUGGAUAGCCCCUUUCUGCAAAGCAUACAAUAUCAAAGAAUACCGGCGUCAUGGUGAGGCCAGAUCAGUGGAUAUAGAAGCAGUGAAACACGAAUGGUUGCAAGUGGGACGUCUCCUAUCAACUUUCCCAGUGCGAGACCACUGGAACUUUGAUGAAUCAAGUCUGUUUGCAAUGGCACCUCCUGAUCGUGGCCUUGCUACACAUCAAAUGAGUGGGAAGAAAAAAGAGAAAUUUAGGGUGAUCCUUGGUUUUGCUACAAAUGCAGAUGGAAGCAAGAAGCUUCCACUUUUCUUCAUUGGUUAG